AACUGUAAAGAGGAUACAUGAGAAACAAUCCGAACACAAAAAUGGUGGGUGCUGAAAAUGAUAAUCACGAUCGUAAGGAAUUAAAUAUCAAAGAAAAUAUGGAUAACAAUCGACAAAAUGGAGAGUUAGUUUCUACAGAGAACAACGAGGAAAGAAAUGUGAAUGCAGAAAUUGACGAACAAAGGAAAAAAUAUCAACCAUCACGUCUAGAAUCAUUUUUUGCAAUAACAAAAUCAUUAAUUAUACGUGCCCUCAUCAUUUAUUGUAUUAGUCAUCUAUUCAGACGACUUCAAACUGACAAUUCUCAAUUUCCUGGUGUUAUAAAUCCAGCACAUUUGCAAGCUGUAAAUAUAUUUGAGAAUGGGACAUUAUUUGACAUGCAUGUUUAUUUAUCGGAAUCAGAGAAUUUUAGGCAGUUUGACGAUCCAAGAACAUUAGUAUGGUUAGAACAAGGAUUGAUAUAUGGAGAUUGGUACAGUGGACCAUUUAAAGAUGGAUCAAAGAUUAAAAAUUAUAAAUUUGUUCCAUCUGAUCAAUUAAAAAAUAAUGGAUCCAUAUACCUUCAUAUAUAUGUUACUAAAAGUGGAAAGUCUCCAAAUCCCAAAGUUGGAAAAAAUAAUUACGCAGGAGAUUAUAUGUCAUACUCUAGAAAAAUGUUAAAUAAAUUCAAAAAAGUUAAAUAUCAGAAGAAGCAUAAUCUAUUAACUGGUGAGACUACUGCAAGUAAAGAAGAAAUCGAGAAAGCAGAAUUAAUGAAUCAAGAAUAUUUAUCACAUUGGCAUCCGAAUUUAACUAUUAAUUUAGUAACAGAUCAUACUAAUUGGGUGUAUGGUCAAGUAGCUUCACCUUUAGAUACAUAUAUUCACUUUCUACCUGGUGAAAAAUUCUAUAAGCCUGUAAUAUAUAUGAAUGAUUUUUGGAAUAUGCAAAGAGACUAUCAACCAUUAAAUGAUACUAUAAAAGAACUUGAACUUAGAUUAACUUAUCAGCCGCUUUCAUUAUUUAAGUGGCAGAUUUAUGCAGCUCAAACAAUGAGAAAUAAAUGGACAUCGUCACUUAUGGGAGAUUCAACAGAUGAAGAUGAUAAUGAUCAAGAUACUUUGAAAGAAGCAUUAUUGGAAACUAAUCCUUACCUCUUAGGUCUGACUAUAAUUGUAUCAGUAUUACACAGUGUAUUUGAAUUUUUAGCAUUUAAAAAUGAUAUACAAUUCUGGAACAACCGUAAUUCAUUGGAAGGACUGUCAGUUCGAUCUGUAUUUUUCAAUGUUUUUCAGUCAUUGAUUGUUUUAUUGUAUGUUCUUGAUAAUGAAACAAACACAGUAGUUCGGAUUAGUUGUGCAAUAGGUUUAUGCAUAGAAGUAUGGAAAAUUAAUAAGGUCGUGAAUAUUACCGUUGAUAAAAACUUAAAAAUACUUGGUAUCUUCCCAAAAAUAAGUUUCCAUGAUAAAGGGUCAUAUGUAGAAUCUUCCACAAAAGAAUAUGAUAGACUUGCUUUUAAAUAUUUAUCAUGGACUCUUUAUCCUCUUUUAGGAGGAUAUGCAAUUUAUUCAUUGAUGUAUUUAGAACAUAAAGGAUGGUAUUCUUGGGUUCUCAGUAUGCUCUAUGGAUUUUUAUUAACGUUUGGAUUUAUUAUGAUGACACCACAACUAUUUAUUAAUUAUAAAUUAAAAAGCGUGGCACAUCUUCCAUGGCGUAUGAUGUCUUACAAAUUUUUAAAUACGUUUAUUGAUGAUAUUUUUGCAUUUGUUAUAAAAAUGCCAACACUAUAUAGAAUUGGUUGCUUCCGUGAUGAUAUCGUUUUCUUUAUAUUUUUAUACCAAAGAUGGAUAUACAAAACUGAUCAUACCAGAGUAAACGAAUUUGGUUUUUCUGGCGAAAUGGAAGCUAAAAUAACUAAAGAUAAAAAACAAGAAUCUAUCAAAGAUCGUCCAAAAAAUGAAAUAAAUAAAAAGAACGAGUAAUGUCUGGUACAUAAUGUUAGCACUAAAUAUAUUAUUCAAACUUUAUCUCAAAUUAAUAAAUUUAUUAGUACCAAAGGAUAUAUCUAUACGCAUUAAUGCCUUUGUGACUUUGAUAUAACUACGUGUGUAUGUAUAUAUUCUUUUGGUUUUAAGAUCUAGCCAAUUGAAAAGCCUCGCAAAGACAUUGAUGUACUUGAAUAAGAAUAUCAUUGUUUAUUGCAAUUGGCAAAAUAUCAGAAAAAAUUUAAUACAGUUGUAAAGAAUGAUAUGAAUAUGUGCUCUUUUUAACAAACAAUUGUUAUCACGCUUUGAUUUAAACUUAUAUUUUCGUUUCGUUUAUAUUUCAAUCUUUUGUAACAAUUGUUAUCAUUCUAUAUCAAAUCAAACAAAUAUGAAAUUUAUUUGAAUGUUUAAAAAUAUUUUAAGCUAUGAAUUGUUCAUACAUAUAUCUAUAUAUAUGGAAUAAUCUGGAUUACAGAUGCAUAUUUUCAUGAAUAAUUUAAAUAAAAAAUAUAUUUUGUACAUGUACAUCAUAGUCUGGCACCAAGUCUGGCAUCAAAUAUUUUGUUUGCUGUUACCUAUGUAUGCAUUAAGUUUUGUCAAACAGUUUUGAAAAAAAUAGCUAAUUCUAAAUAUAUUUAUAUGAAUAUGUUAAAAAUUGUUAGACAAAAUUUAAGUUAGACAAAUCUUAGACAAAAUUAUAAUUAUUGUUUCUAAUAAAUCAUCGUCAACAA